GUAAAGGAGCCACUAAAAUACCCGUCAGUAAGUUGUUAACAAUCAGCUGACAUAACCUUGCCAGAAAUCUAUCACACACAGCAAUAAAAACGGUAAACGUCUUAGAUAACACGUCAAAAUCGCCUCAAAAUAGCAGCUGGAUGAUGUGGGGACGAACAGAAAGAGAGGGGAGAUUGGUUGGAUAGUUAUCCUUCUCAUAUGGCAGCAGUGUCGGUGAAAUGUCCGUCUGUGUGGCUGCUGCUGUGGCUCUGCGUCCGGCUGUCGGAGACCAAAAACACCCGAGUCUCCCAGGACGACGACGUCCUGCUACCGUACACCCACGGCCACGGCCCCUCCCAUUCUCACCGCUACGUCAGGGACUGUCAGGCCGUCACUCAUGGCAACACCACCCACGAGCGCUGGUCCUCCAAUAACCACGGCGGGCUGCCGGUGGCCGACUCCACAGUGUUUGUAUCGGAUGUGCCGGGAAGCUCCGGAUGGGUUUACGGUCACAUGACGGUGGUCAACGACCCGCUGAGGACAGUGUCGGUGUUGGAGCCCGGUGGGCCGGGUGGCUGCGGGAUGAACAAGAGGGCCACUGUGGAGGAUACGGCUGAGGCAGCCGGCUGUCUUUAUGCCCAGAACGCCGGCUUCUUCAACACACAGUCUUACGAGUGUCUGGGCAACGUGGUGAGCGACGGCAGGAUGGUGCAGGACAGCGAUGGCGUGCAGAACGCCCAAUUUGGAAUCAGGGAGGACGGCACCCUGGUGUUCGGGUAUCUGUCACUGGAAGACGUCCGGGACCAGUUCAACCCGUUCGUCCAGCUGGUCAGCGGCGUGGUGUGGCUGCUGAGGAACGGCGAGGUGUACAUCAACCAGAGCCUGAUGGCCGAGUGCAACAAGACGCAGGAGACGGGAGUCUUCCGCACUUUUGUGGACGUGGUGUCGGCCAGGACGGCCGUGGGCCACGACGCCGAGGGCAGACUGGUCCUGGUUCAGAUCGAUGGACAGACUGGAGUGCGGGGCAUGAGUCUUUGGCAGAUGGCUGAGUUCCUGAAGAAGUACGGGAUCAUCAAUGCCAUUAAUCUGGAUGGAGGCGGGUCUUCUACCUUCGUGGCUGACGGCUCGUUAGCCAGCUACCCUUCUGAUCACUGCAUACCAGACAACAGGUGGCGCUGUGCUCGCCGCGUCUCCACCAUCCUUUGUGUCCACCAGCGGCGCUGCCAGCCGGCCAACUGCAGCGGACACGGAGACUGUGUGGACGGACGCUGUCGGUGCCAGGCGGGCUGGCAGGGGGCCGUCUGUGACUCUCUGGUGUGUCAGCCUCCAACCUGCGGCCCUCACGGUGUCUGCACUGCCAAUGGUUGUGUCUGUGAUGCUGGGUGGACAGGAGCGAACUGCAGCCGAGAGUGCCUGCCUGGUUUCUAUGGUGACAGCUGCAAUCAAACGUGCGCCUGCGUUAACGGCGGUUCCUGCCACCCCGUUCACGGACGCUGCGCCUGCCCCCCUGGUUUCCACGGCAACACGUGUGAACAAGUGUGUCCUCUGGGUUUCUUCGGUCCGUCCUGUGCUCAGGAGUGUCGCUGCGACGACCUCUGUCCAUGUGACCCGCAGACAGGAAGCUGCAACGCCACGCUGCAGGGAGAUGCCAACUUCACCUUACACAGAGCUGGACACUGCCUGGCCAAACAGAUGUUUACAUCGUGGAGACGAGAAGAAGAAGCUGGCAGGGAGCAGCCUCACCUAACGGAGCUUACGUGGCUGAUCGUCACCGUCACCUUGGCCUCACUGCUGGCGGUCAGCCUGCUGGUUCACCUCGUGCGGGCCUGUCGAGGGGCGGCGGCUCACUUCCCCGAGCGGCGAGACUACUCCUACGUCCCGCUGAACGACAUCAACAGGGCCGCCUCGCUUGCCGGAGAAGACGCAGGAGGGAAACCGGGGAAAGGGACACUCAGGUCGGACGAUUCAGACUCUCAGGAUGAGAUCUGGUCGCACUCGGGGAGGUCGUAGCCGUCAGGAGGGCGACGAGUGAUGCCCAGAGGAGCAGCUGGCUCUCCGCUGACAGUCUCAGCAUAACUCUGCUUAUUUAAUCUCAAACUCAAGAAACUUGACUGUCCUGCUGAAAUGAGAAGUCUCGUUCCAGCUGGAUCCCAGCUACACGUAGGACAUCGUGUUCAUUUGCUUCCCGCACAUCUUUGAGCUUAACUCAGGUUUUACAGCCUCGUGAAGCUGAUUCACUUUUAACUGGUGUUGAUCACUAUGGUAACAGCCCAACUACUGACCAAUCAGGAUCCUGAUGGGGGCAACAGGAGUGAGUUUAGAAGUGAUGAAGAGCAGGAGACACAUCUUUAAUAAAUCGGUAGAACGACUUUAACACCUCUUCCCCACAAACCGUCCACGCUGAGUUUAAGACGUCUAACGGAACGAUUCCGUCUCACCACACCAACAGCAUAAUCAAUUAAAGCUGCACGUUAGGCCUUAGUUUCUCUCAGUAGUUGCUUAGCCUUUAACACUCACUUAGACGCUUUGAAGAAGCCAAAUGUACCUUAUCUGUCCCUUACCUUAGACUUCACUUGCUCAGCUUCCAGUUCCACCAGAUAUCCAGGAUCUCCUCCUGGUAGGUCUUCAACACGGUGCCACGUAAACACAUGAAGCCUGUCAGGAACGAAGGACCUGGCGCUCAGAGCAAAGCGUUACUGAGGCUUUUAUCAGAUGUCGUUCUUAUGAACUCCAGGAUUUGCAGCUGUUUUCUAACUGCUUUGUGUCAUUUGUGAAUGUCGCCAAACUCCUGCUCUGUCACUGCCAGGUUCUUUUCACCUGUUUAAAAGACAGAAAUAAAAGUCAGUAUCAGGAUUCA